GGCUACUGCUGUAAGAGAGUGUGCAAGGAAAUGUUUAGCAAGACAACGAGAUUCUUGCCGCGUUUCUUCUCUCGUCGCUACAUAUUUUUGGCGAGGAUUGUCAAUUACUGUUAAGAAAAGCUCUACUAAUUUUAAGUUCCUCAUGCUAGCUGCUAACAAAGAGACGCGGAAGUGGCCAACACAUUGCUCCGGAGAGAUCAAGUGUGAGUCUAAAAUGUUUAGAUUGUGUGAAAAUGUGUAAAGUACAAAUGCUGAGAGCGUUGGUGAAUCAGCGACUAACUGCGGCUGUUGAAGAAAUAUUUGUAGUGUUGGAAAGAACGAUAGCAGAGUACGAGGAGGAACUUUCUCGAACAAAAGAGGAGAACGAGCGACAACGUCAACUACUGAACGCUGUUUUCAGGAAACAUCAAGUUGUGUUACACAGAGCAGAAAUCAGUGAAGAACAUCUUCAGGAGGAGUGGCGCUUCAGGGUGGAGCAGGAGGAAUCACAGUCCCCUCACAUUAAAGAGGAAACGGAGGAGCCCCAGCUCCUGCACAUUAAAGAGGAAGAGGAGGAUCACAGCAUCAGUCAGGAGCAAGAGCAUCUUAAAGGACUGGGGGAGUUCCUGGUGAUUGGUGUCCCUGUGAAGAGUCAAAAUGAUGAAGAUGAAGGUAAAAGAGAGGUGGCGCCUCCAAGCAGCAGAUCAACUCAACACAUGACAACAGAAGCUGAUGGAGACCACUGUGGAGGAUCACAAGCAGACAACCUCUUAGCUCCACUAUCAGAUAGUGACGACACAACGUCACACUCUCCUGACACUGAUGAUGAAGACUCUAAAGCUGAUACGACAUGUCACACUGACAACACACGCUUUAAAUGCUCUCACUGUGACAAAACUUUGAAUCACUAUCGUUAUUUGAAAAGUCAUUUGAAAUUGCACACGGGAGAGAAACCAUUCAAAUGCUCACUUUGUGGGAAAAGUUUCUCCAAAAAGUCAAAUUUGAAAGUACACACAAGGAUACACACUGAAGAGAAACCUUUUAUCUGUUCAGUGUGUGGUAUAAUGUUUGUACAAAAACGAGAUUUGACCGUACACGCCGCAGUACACACUGGAGAGAAACCGUUUCCCUGUUCAAUUUGUGGGAAAAGAUUUUCUCUGAAUUCAACUUUGAAAAUACACAUGAAAACCCACACUGGAGAGAAACCAUUCAUGUGCUCAGUUUGUGGUAAAAGAUUCUCUCAAAAGGCAAAUUUGACAGUACACACAAGAACACACACUGGAGAGAAACCUUUUUCCUGUCCAAGCUGUGGUAUGGGUCUGGUGAACAAGCAGUGUUUGAAAAAACACAUGAGAAGACACACUGGUGAGAAAGUGUUUAGUUGCAGUGUGUGUGGUGAAAGAUUCUCUUAUAAGUACCAGCUUAACAAUCACAAGUGUGCUGGUGAGAACGGCAGCAGAAAUAUGUUAUUAUAGUAGGUUUGAACUAUUUUAAUGCUUUUUGUGUGUACAUGACAUCAACAGAUUGCAAUAGACUAAUUUCACGUGAUGUCAGACCACUUCGGCCUGUCGCUUUUUUAAAAAUGACUAAUAAAGAAUUGAAUAUACGAACAGGAAAAGGGCACUUUCAACUCAACACUUUCACCAAAUUUAACAAUGUCUUAUUUUUACGAUUGUUGUCGCUCCAAAUCAUGGUGAAGGAUUUGGACCACGUGACAAGCAUGUAACUAAUUCAUUUCUACCAAAUAAAACU